AUGGAGAAUCAACCUUCAAAGGGAAUACCAAACGAUGGAACUGGUGUUAUCCAACUUGAUCCAUGGCUCGAACCAUUCAAAGAUUCUCUGAAGCACCGAUUUUCAAAAGCACAGCAGUGGAUUAAAACUAUCGACGACACAGAAGGUGGCCUUGAGAAAUUCAGCAGAGGCACGGAGAAGUUUGGAUUUAAUGUCGACAAGGACAACAAUAUUACAUAUAGAGAAUGGGCUCCGAAUGCUACUCAAGCAUUCUUGAUUGGUGAAUUCAAUGAUUGGAACCGCGAAUCUUACCCUAUGAAAAAGGACCCCUUCGGCGUCUUCGAAAUAGUUAUACCAGCAAAGGAUGGUAAACCAGCCAUCGCACAUAAUUCUAAGAUCAAGCUUUCUUUGAUCACACCUUCCGGCGAACGAAUUGAACGAAUUCCUGCAUGGAUCAAAUAUGUCACACAAGAUCUUUCCGUCUCCCCUGUCUACGACGCUCGUUUCUGGAACCCAUCUGAAUCGGAACGAUAUGUCUUCAAACACCCUAGACCCAAGAAGGCAGAAAGUAUCAGGGUAUAUGAGGCACACGUUGGAAUUUCGUCCCCAGAACUACGAGUUUCCACAUACAAGGAGUUUACUAAGAAUAUGAUACCAAGGAUACAUCAUUUGGGUUAUAAUGUCAUUCAGCUUAUGGCCAUCAUGGAGCAUGCGUAUUAUGCAAGUUUCGGUUAUCAGAUCAACAGUUUCUUUGCCGCAAGCAGUCGAUUUGGAACACCGGAUGAGCUGAAAGAGCUCAUAGAUACUGCACACGGACUUGGUAUCACUGUUCUACUCGAUGUAGUUCACAGUCACGCUUCAAAGAAUGUGUUGGAUGGACUCAAUGAGCUCGAUGGAUCUGAUAGCUGCUACUUUCACGGAGGUGCGAAAGGGAAGCAUGAGUUGUGGGAUAGUAGACUUUUCAAUUAUGGAUCUCACGAAGUCUUGAGAUUUUUGCUCAGCAAUUUGCGAUUUUGGAUGGAUGAAUACAACUUUGACGGAUUUCGAUUUGACGGCGUUACGAGUAUGCUUUAUACCCAUCAUGGAAUUGGAACGGGAUUUUCUGGAGGUUACCAUGAGUACUUUGGUCCAGGUGUUGAUGAGGAUGGUGUUGUAUACCUCAUGCUUGCCAAUGAGAUGUUACAUCAACUUUACCCAGAGUCGAUAUCCAUUGCCGAAGAUGUAUCUGGAAUGCCUGCCUUGUGUUUACCGUUAGCACUUGGUGGUGUAGGAUUUGAUUACAGACUCGCCAUGGCCAUUCCCGACAUGUGGAUUAAGAUUCUCAAGGAGAAGAAAGAUGAUGAAUGGGAUCUUGGAAGCAUUUGCUUUACUUUAACAAACAGACGCCAUGGCGAGAAGACCAUUGCAUACUGCGAGAGUCACGAUCAAGCCUUGGUUGGAGACAAGUCUAUCAUGAUGCACUUGUGUGACGCAGAGAUGUACACAAACAUGUCAAAACUCACAGAGUUCACGCCUAUAAUUGAGCGUGGGAUGGCAUUACACAAGAUGAUCCGUCUUCUCACUCAUGGUCUUGGAGGUGAAGGUUAUCUCAAUUUCGAGGGUAACGAAUUUGGCCAUCCAGAAUGGCUCGACUUCCCUCGUGAGGGCAACGAUAACAGCUUCUGGUAUGCGCGUCGUCAGUUCAACCUUCCAGAUGACGACCUUCUUCGUUACAAGGCAUUAAAUGAAUUUGAUUCUCAUAUGCAACGCCUCGAGGCAAAGUAUGGAUGGUUACAUAGUGAUCAAGCCUACAUCAGUUUGAAGAAUGAGUCUGAUAAAGUCAUUGUCUUUGAACGUGCUGGCUUGUUAUGGAUUUUCAAUUUUAAUUCAACUCAAAGCUUUGCAGAUUACAGAGUUGGUGUCGAACAUGAGGGUACUUACAGAGUUGUUCUGAACACUGAUACUAAAGACGUUGGAGGUUUCGAAAGGAUUGAUUCUGGAACACGCUUCUUCACAACGCCUUUCGCAUGGAACGGCAGGAAAAACUUCAUUCAAGUAUAUAUUCCAACCCGUACAGCAAUUGUGUUGGCACUCGAAUCUACGCUGUGA